AUGACAAGUCCUUCAUCGCUUCCAACUUCCUUAUCAUGUCCAACCUCUCCAUCUUCAGUACCUUCAAAAAAGUUAUUGGCUUCCACCCGUCUAGCUUCCAAGACACAAUUAUUGUACCAUACUCGAUCUAUAGCUAUUCAGGUUAUUGCUCAUGAAGUAUAUUUGUUGGUGCUUGCUUGUACGAAAUGUUAUGCUGAAAUCAAGAAAAGUCCACCUCAAGUUGGAAUUUGUGGAGGUGGCACUGUUGGAGCGACAAUUGUUAUGACCUUAUUAACUAAUGGAUAUAGUAGCGAUCGAAUCGCAGUGUCUACUCGUCAACCAGAUCGAAUUCCUCGUUGUGAUGCAUUGAAAUCAUCAUUAGAUAUGGCAAUGUAUCAAUCGGUAUCUCGAUAUUAUAAUAAUGCACGAUUAGCUCGUGAGAGUGACGUGUUGAUCUUAUGUAUGCCGCCAUCUCAUUUAAAAACUUUGACUAUUCAAAUUCGACACGCACUUGCUGCUCACGAGCCACUUGUGAUCAGUGUAUUAUGUGGUGUUACGCAUCAGAGUUUAGUCAAAACUUGUAGUUCGCAAAUAGUCGUGCGAGUGCAGCCGGAUGUACGAAAGAUUGCGAGUCAAUGGCAAGAAGGAAAUAGUAGUGUCGAGAAAUCUGUGCGAAGUCUAGUGCAGCCUCUGGUAUUAAAUCGCUUUGAUGAUGAUCAAAAUUUGGUCAAGCAAAACCGACAGCAACUCAUUCGACUAGCAGCAGAAGCAAUAGUUUCAGAAAGAGACGAUGUAAGAAUCUUGCUUCGAGCGUUUAGAUUGUUCUGUCAUCGUAUUUGGCGCCAAGACGUUGAAAUUGAGAAACUUGGUCACAUUCUUUUCGGUGAUAGAAGUGAAAGUGUCUUGAUUGCGUUAAAGCAUUUGGAAAUUGAUAUAAACGGCGAACAAAAGAAUCACGAAGAGGUCAAAAUAUUAUCAGAAGCUUACAAUUGGUUAGAUAGUUGGAAUCAAGAUAUGAAUGAACUGCAGGAACAACUGGCGGCACAUGCUUUAAGCGAUCCAUCGUAA